GGGAAUUGAAAUUGUCUUUUUCCGAAGCCAACAACUCGCCUCGUGUAGCCAGCAAGAAAACGAACAAUCGCUUUUCGGAGAUGGCCGUUUACUGGGUCGAAUAACUUUUAGAAGGCGUUAGCUCGCUUCGAAGCUAACCGAUUUGACGCAUGACAAAUGCUGUGCUUUUCAAUCCGGAAGUUCAUUGUCCACCGUCCAUUCUUAACCGCGCUGCACUGAAGACAGGUCGAGCAGGAGGAGCCGUGCUACCCUGUGGAAGUCACAUGAAUGAAAAGGAUGAGGCCUGAUCAACUAGGAGGCAGCUUAAGGAAACAGCCGCUGCAGAGUGUGUGUCCCAGGGUGGGGGGUUUCCGUUUUCUGUAAAGCCCCCCUGUAGUCUCCCGCCCUGAUUAUAUGCAAUGAAUAGUACCACUCCGUCCCCCACCAUUGAUGGGGACGUGGCGGUGGGCUAUGUUUUGGUGCCAUUCUUCCUCAUCACCAUCAUUGGAAUAGCUGUAGCAGUGGUCUUGUACGUUCGUAAGAAACAGAGACUUGACAGACUCCGCCAUCAGUUGUUGCCAAUCUACUCAUAUGACCCCUCAGAGGAGGUAAAUGAAGCUGAACAAGAGAUGCUGUGGCGAGAAGAGGACACCAGAGUCGUUCAAGGUUGGGCAAGAAAUUAUCAGCAGCGUCGCCCUCUUCUGACCAAAGAUGCCUGAAGAAUCCAAACCACGGCAAUGCCAGAGAAUACCUGCACUAACCACAAGCAUCGUCCUUUGUUUGUUUUGUUGCUUUGUGGGAGAAUACCCCCAAGCCCCAAAUCUUCAAGUGCAAAAAGCAAGGCAUAAUUAAUAACAUAUUGAAGGACGCAUUCAACCUUGACCGUAUUUAAUGUAAAGUAUUUAAUCACAAGCGUUCACUGAAUUUCAUUGUCCAGUGUUAAAAGAGGUACACCUUCUCCGGGACAGAACACAUUUACUUCAGUCUUGAAUAAGUGAGCUGUUAAUGAAUUUACGUGAAUUUCACAUUCAAUUUCACUCAAGGAAUUUCUGGGCUCCGUUUUUGUUUUCAUUUACACAGAAAACAAUGACGAGCUCCGAUCUGUGAUCUGGAUCUUCAAGUGGUUCUUGCCAAAUCCUGUGAGUCGCGUGGAAGCCAUGAAAACCUCAAUUUGAACAUAAACAAGAUCCAGUGUUCUGUUUGAAUGACUCCUGCUCCAAAUAUGUCCUGUGCGCAAGACAUGGCACCAGCAAAGAUACACCUCCAGCCAGCGAUGAAUGCCAUUGUUCUGACUGUACCCACCACAUUAACUUUAUUGCCCUCAGCCUGUUUGAAGCCAUUCUGGACUGUGAUGAGCUUGUUCGUGCGGGUGCAUCACGUUUUAACAGUUGGAUUCAUUUGAACAAGUUAUGCAUUGCAAUGGGGAGAGAGGAAAUGUGUUGCGUGUUAUUUGGUUGAAUUGCGACACUCUUGUUGUGUUCCUCAAAAUGUUUUUAACUGUACAAUCAUGCCAGAGUUGCACUUGUUCCUGAGCCACUGAGUUCCACUUGAACCCGAAUGGACAAACUACUGAUGUAAAUUUGUCUGCACUGUUAUGAAGCUUCAUUUUUAAGUUUACUGAAAGGAGACAUUUUUGUUGUCGUGUUUGCUGAAAUAAGACUGGAAGGUGACUGCAUUGUCCCUGCAUCACUUUCUAAGUCAUGACUAGUGAUUACACUGGUGGAGUGCUGACAGAAAAUAUACUUUUGGCCAAAACCCUGUUUUUUUAAAUUGUUAUUCAUAAAUGUAGAUAUUGUAUUGAAUGAAGUGAUCCUCAAGCACCUCAGAACGUGUACUGAUUAGAUCUCUGACCUAAAUGCCCCAGCUAGCGUGUGGCUAAGAAUUGAAAAUAUUAGUUGAGGUUCUUGCUUGAACAGACAAAUCUCCAGAAGUUUCCAGGUUGUCUGGCCGGAAAGAUAAAACGUUGAACGGUGAAUUUUUCAGGCUGAACCAGAAAUGCACUACAAUAUAAUUAUUCCAGGCUAACUUAAUUUGACCUUUAACCUUUGAAUGGAUGUCCAACUGUUCAAUGUUUCAGUACUUUUUGCACAACUUAUUGAUCUCUAACAGCAUUGCAAAAUACUUUUUCCCCCUAGGACGUCCGUUUCUAUACCUUUCUUUGACCCUUCCAGUCUCUGUAUAUUUGCUGUAACCCUCUGACAGCUGUAAAACUCAAAUAUCAGUGGCUCUCUCCUGAGAAAUCCUCUUAGCUUCGCAUUGGCAAUAUUCAGUGUCUUGGUGCCAUGAUGUCAAAACGUGAACAGCAGAGGAUGAUUUGAAUACCAGUUGUAAUGAAACCAGGAAAGCUCAACUUGGACAAAAAAAUUGUGAAACACAGAGCAGUUGGACACGAAGAGUUAAGACCAGGUCAAAUUCAUUUCGCCUGUCAAGGUUUUGGUGAAUUUAAGGUCCGUCCUGAAAUUUCAGCCUCAAGCCAAAUAUUGCCAGCUAGAACAGACUUUCAAAACGAAGCAUAUCCCCAAUUCCUGUUUUGAACAAAUGAGAGAACAACGACAGAAAAUUAUCUUUAUUGACCAUUUCAUCUCAUACAAAUUGUCGGGCACCAUAGAAAAUAUAUACAUUGUACAUUUAUAUACGGUGUCCAUUAAAAAGAAUGAUCCCAUCCUCAA